UUUGUACCGCAAAGGUGAGAGCGCCACCUAAUUAGUGCUUUAUUCCAUGACUAUUCGUACUAGCACCAAUGAAAGCUUUUGAGACAUCUAAUGUCUUUCAACUACCGGAACGCGGGUAGGCCUGGUGGUAAACGAAUAAUGCCAAACUAAUGAUCUUUCAUCAAAGGAGACACUGUUGAUAGCUAUAACUUUGAAGUAGGAUGGACCUUCGACUACUUGGAAUUAAAGAGUCUUCGUUGACCAUCUGUUACCUUGAACUGCUUAAGUAUUUAAGUACUUAGUAAGACUCUGUCAUGAUUAAAGAAAAUCACACUGUUCCCCUCUAUCUGUAUAGCGUAGAGAUGUGGAUCCUCGUAACAUAUGAUGAGGCGUCCCUCGGAUUCUUCUUCUUAUUUGGUGCUGUAACUGCCUAAGUGACUUUGGCCGAGUUCAACAAGGCACGCCAGUUGUUUCUGUGCGAAAGGACGCCAGUUGAAAAUGUCAAGUAAAACGUAGUCCUUCUCCACUUGGUAUUACCAUCGCAGUAGGGCUCUCCCUCUUCCGCUGCUACCAGCGAGUUCCGAGUUUAAUACUAUCAGAACUGGAGCAUCGGUGUUCAUUCAAAAGACGUGGCCAAGCUAACGGAGCCGCCCUUGGAUUGCCAAAGACUUAUGCCUCUUAUCCCUUUGUGGCGGAGAUUACCGGAGACGAUAGAACAAUGGGCUUUACAACAAUAAAUUUGAAUUUCAUGAUACAAUUUCCGUCUUUCGGAAUUGCUUGCCAACUGCAUGCUAAGCUAUUUAUCCACACGACUAAGACCUGUUGCUAUCGUUGCUUGGCUUCGUUACGCGGUCCUUUGUUACCCUAACAACCAAAAUAGCUAUGUAUUUAUGGAAGAUAAACAUUCGAGAGCAAAAUAUACAUAUGUACAGAACCAUAAUGACGAACCAGAAUGAGUUGGAUCAAUUGGCUGCAGCCGAAUUGGAAAGACUGCAACGACAACAUCGCUCCCUGCAGUUGGAGCUACGCUCCUUACUUGAAGAAAAAGCUAAGCAGCUGAAAAAACAAAAUCACAUGAUAACGGUUUUGCAACAAGAACAUCAAAAGCUGAAAGACGAGAUUGCUACACUAGAGGGUGGAGCGCAUGCUAGAAAGAAUACAAAUAAAGAAAAGCACUUGAGUUUUUUGCAAGGACAGAAUCAAGAGCUGCAGCAAAUUUUACUAGGUGAACGUGUCAAAAUAUGGGAGCUGGAAGGUCACAUUAAAAAGGUAGAAAAGGAAAUCGAUGGUCUGCGUAAGAACGAAGUCACCGAUAGCUGUUACGAGGAGAGUAUUGACAAAGUUCAUAAGAGUGUCGUCAAGUUAGAGAAUCGUCUGGAUGUGCUCAAUAAGAAGUGUAGUGAUGUCUUGGCAGAGAAUUGCAAAUUGCGUGACUCAAUAAAUCAUAUGCUGCAGGAUCGUGAAAUGCAACGCCGGCUGGAACACGAUGCCAAGCUGCAGAAAUUCUUUGACAUAAAAGGUCAAAAGCGUCUCAAUCCCGAGUUGGAGCAACGUGAGGCUAACAAGAAACUCGUUUUGAAAGAGAACUACGAAAGGCAGAUCGAGGGACACGCUAUCAUAGAUGAUAUUAAGGAGUUAUAUGCAGUGGAGGACACAGAUAAUUUGGCAGCGCAAUUCAAGCGACAAGAAGAGGAAAAUUUCGCGCUCUUUAACUAUGUCAAUGAGCUUAGUCACGAAGUGGAGGCAUUGAAUGAUACAACACAGGAGCUGAGUGAAGAAAUUGAGCGUCAAUGGGCGGAACACGAAGAAAAGGAGUUGAAGCAGAACACCGAAGCUUUGGAUUAUUUUAAUAGUGAGCUGGAGAGGAUUGAACUAGCAGCCGCAGAGGCUAAUGAAAGAAAAUUAACGCUACAUACGAGUUUGGAUGAAAUGUUGCAGGGUAUAUUGCAUAUAUUCAAACUUCUAUCCUGCAACGAUGCACCCAUCUUGAAUGUUUUGAGCUCUAAGACUGUAUUGACAAUGCAUAAUGUGAAACUUUUCGUUGGUGUCAUUGAGCGUUGAAUAAAUAGCGUUAUCAGCAAUAUGAACGUUGAUGAAUCAUCUACUAAAAUAUUGGCUAGAAAACAUCGCGUUCCAAAAUUUAAUAUCAAAGAGUCAGCUAAAGGAAAAAACUAA